GGAUCUUUCUGCAGUUAGAACGCCCCCAAUUACCUUGUCUAUGUCCAUGAGGUAGCUGCUACAGGACGCUUCCAGUCCAUAUAUGCGCAUAUCAUCUCGUCUGUCACAUGGCUUUCCAUGUUAUACUUGUUGGCGGUAUGAUGUGACGAGAACCAACAUAUCUUUGGGUAGUAUGCGAAUUCGUAGCAGAUAUCUCUAUCGACUGUGUCUACCUAUGGGUGGGAGAGCUCGCAUAUGUAUAUAUAGUUCCCACGAGCCAUGCGAUGCGACUUUCAUACCCUUCGUACCAUUCCUAAGUAUUUCAUUCUAACCUAAUAUUGAAUCCAGCGCCGCAGAAGUGUAACUAUGUCGACAUACAUCUCAAUCACCAUUCUAUACGCAGCUCUUGCAUUGGUAGUCUUCUACCUCGGCCAGAACCAUAAAUCACAUCCUAGCUUUGCAAAGGCAAGCGAACAGCUAUUUCAAUAUGCACAAAAAAGGGUGAAUGCCUGGAGAUAUCUCUUCCGAGGGGCAGAUAUGAUCACCGUCGAGUACAAAAAGGCCCGCGGCAAUGCUUUUGAAGUGCCUGGACCGGAUCAUAGUCAUAUCUUCAUUAGCUCUAAUGAGCACAUGGACGAAAUACGCAAGGCUCCCCGUGAUGAGCUUUCUAUGUUCGGUGCAACAAAACAAAUGUUCCAGCCUGCAUAUACCAUGCUAGGCCACAACUGGCAUGACGAAAGGGGAGCUGAAGGUAUUGGGUACGUCAGAGCAGUCGGUACUCUAUUUCCCAGACAGCUCCUCUACAUUAUGAAUGACAUGCAAAGGAUUGUGGGAGAGUCCUUCUCGGCUUUUGCAGAAACCAACAGAUCUGAUAGGAGUUAUCUGGCCCUCCCUGCGUAUGCCCUGAAUAAGAAAAUACUGUGUAAGCUGAAUGGUUUUUGCUUCUUUGGUAACGAACUUGCACAAAAUGAAGUGUUCAUGCAGAAAAUAUUUGAAUACAAUGAACUGGUCAUAUCUGCAGCAGAGGUUCUAAGGGUCAUGCCGGGGUUUAUGAAGAGGUUCAUUGGACCGUAUCUCGGCAGGCGUACAGAUGUGCAGGACGCGGUGUUUAGCAUGAUAAACGAUCUUGUCACAAGGCGGCUGGAAGAAAAGAAACUCGUAGAGUCAGGCGAGAUUUCUACGCCACCACCGAACGAUAUGAUUCAAUGGAUCAUUGACACAGCACCAGCCAAGUUGGGAUGGGGUUCACGUCGUAUUACGUAUGAAACAAUUGCGAUUUGGUUUGGUUCCGUCCACGCCUUGUCUGCAACUGUUACCUAUGCUCUUUUCGACUUGUGUGACCAUCCUGAAUACGUGGAGCCGCUCCGGAGAGAGGUCGAGGGCUCCGAUUUUGAAGACUUUAUGAAAACGACCAAGGGUUUACCGCUUAUGGACAGUUUCAUUAAAGAAUCUUCUCGUCGUAGCCCCAUUGAAGCAAUGUCCGGUCGGCGGCAAGCAUUAAAAGACUUCACGUUUUCGGACGGGACGCAGAUUAAAAAGGGUGACUGGGCCUGCGUCCCAGCAAAAGCAAUUCUAGCCGACGAAACAUAUUUUCCUAAUGCCGCUAAGUUCGAAGGCUUUCGAUUCGCCCCUCCAGAAAAAAUCCCCCAUAAUGUGGAAACUGUGUCUCAGCCAGAAGGUCCGUCCAGAUACUCCGAUCUGUCUGAGAACUAUCAUUCGUGGGGCAUUGGAGGAAUCGUAUGCCCCGGUAGAUUUUACGCCUCUAUAGCCACUAAAUUGAUCAUGGCUCAUGCCCUGAAGAACUUUGACUGUAAAUUAUUGGAUAAGAGCGUGGAGAAAUCCACUUCUUGGCGUUCUUACGUUCUGCCGAAAGAGAGCGUGCUCAUAAACUUCUCCCCACGUAAGCAAGAAGCGUGAGCAUCCGCCAUUGGUCUAAGUGAGGUACAUAGGAAUCGCUCCACUGGGCUACAUAAGUAUCAGGAUUCUAAUUAGGUUGCACAACAACGUCUGUCUGAACGAAUAUUGGAAGGAUACUUAGGUACAUACAAUAAGAGAAAUAGGCAUUGCUUAGUCCUCUCCUAGCCCAAGGUACUUAUUAGCUAGACAUCUAAUCGCUUAUGGCUUGCUAGGUUACACGAGGCUCACACCGGUGAGCAUCAGAAAAAAAGCAACCUGAGACAUGAUGCAGAUCAAAACCGGUGUAGUCGAAUGUGAUGCUUCCUUACAAUAAACAUCCAAAAAAACUAUUAGAAAAAA